ACUCGUAUUAGCAUACACAGAAAACAUAAACACAAACAAAAUGUCUGGAAGAGGAAAAGGAGGCAAAGGAUUGGGAAAGGGAGGAGCAAAACGUCACCGGAAAGUUCUCCGUGACAACAUCCAGGGUAUCACAAAGCCGGCGAUUCGCCGUCUUGCGAGGCGUGGCGGUGUUAAGCGUAUAAGCGGUCUUAUCUACGAGGAGACACGUGGUGUGUUGAAGAUCUUCCUCGAGAACGUUAUUCGUGAUGCUGUUACUUACACCGAGCACGCUCGCCGGAAAACUGUUACUGCGAUGGACGUUGUCUAUGCAUUGAAGCGUCAGGGUCGUACACUGUACGGAUUCGGUGGUUAAGUUAACUUAGGAUAUUUAUUGUUAGGUUCUUUAGAUUUUCGAUUUGCUUCGUUUUUUAUUGAAAUGUAUGGUAUAUCAGCUUAAAAUCACCUUUAUCACAAGAAA